AUGGUCAAUAAGAGCCUCAAGGAUGGAGUUGUGGACGUCAAGAGGCAAGGGGACCGGAUGAUCCUUGUCAAGCUAGUUGUUGGGGACUUAGUCCUCAAUGUUAUCAGCGCGAUCCGUGUCCAGCGGGGUAAGCGCGCCAAAGUCGCUAGAACAAAGUGGUGGAAGCUCAAGGGUGAGGCAUCCCAGACUUUCAGGGAGAGGGUUAUUAAGGAGGGCCCUUGGGAGGAAGGAGGCGAUGCAAACAUGAUGUGGACGAGUAUGGCGACCUGCUUGCAGAAGGUCGAUGUAGAGGAGUUUGGGGUGACUAAGGGAAGUAGAAGGGAAGCUAAGGAUACCUGGUGGUGGAACGAUGAGGUCCAGAAGGUUAUUAGGGAGAAAAAUGACUGUUUCAGAUGCCUAUAUCUGGACAGGAGUGCAGCUAACAUGGAGAAGUACAAGGUGGCGAAGAAGGCUGCAAAGCGGGCGGUGAGUGAAGCAAGGGAUCGAGCGUAUGAGGACCUCUACCAACGUUUAAACACGAAGGAAGGCGAAAGGGACAUCUAUAAGAUGGCCAAGUUUAGGGAGAGGAACACGAGGGAUGUCAACGAAGUCAAAUGCAUCAAGGACGGAGAUGAUCAGCUUCUUGUGAAGGAUGAGGCGAUCAAGCGUAGAUGGCGGGAGUACUUUGACAACCUUUACAAUGGAGAGGUUGAGAGCUCUACCAUUGAGCUAGACGACUCCUUUGAUGAUACCAUCAUGUGCUUUGUGCGACGUAUCCAGGAGUCUGGGGUUAAGGAGGCGUUAAGGAGGAUGAAAGGCGGCAAGGCGAUGGGUCCUGAUGGAAGGCAGGAUGCCGGGGAGAAGGAGGUGCAGAACUGGUGCCCGGAUGGUUUUCGACGAAAUGGGGGUAAGGGCAGCCUACUGUUCCUGAACACUUCCCAGCCUGCCGCACUAAUGACUAAUGCAAGAGGCCAGCGUACUGCUCCUCAUCUCGCCAUAUUGCCAGCCUUCCCGAAGAGAGAAGAACAUGGUCUAGACAAGUAUGACUCUCCUUCACAGGCUUCUGGAUGGCUCCUGUAG